CUGGAAACAGUGCGCGUUAGUGCAUCAUCACAGCAUACGUUUUUCCUAUGUGAAAAAGGGGCGAGAUUGCUUCACUUUAUCCCUCUGUUGUGCUUUCUUCUGUUGUGGAAAUGUUCUGUUAGAAUCUUUUAUGUUAUUUCCUGUCAAAAAAGAAAGAAAAAAUAGAAUCAUUUCCUGAGAGAUAGACAAACCCACACUUUACUUGUGCGUGUGUGUGCGUGCUCACAUGUGUGCGUGGUAUAAAGAACGAGGAAGACUGUAAGAGCCAACCCAGAAAGGUUAGAGGUUAGUGAGAGAGCUGCUAUCACUGUAGGUAAACAAGUGUAGAGAAAUCAGAGAGCUCGUACGCCAAAGCUCAGACUCCCUGAGCAGAUAUUUGAACCGGUGAGAAGCGGGGAUCGAAGGAGAGGCUAGACAGCUUGCCUUACCUGUGCUCCCAGUCCAGAGCAUAUGCAGCAAAGGCAAGAAAAAGCUUUCCUGUAGUAAAGAAGGGAAAAAAGGUAAAGUGGGGAAAGAGACACUUUGGGAGCAGAAGAAAAAGAGCAUCUGGGGGAAUAACUGUGAUGGAAAACCUGCCCGUCUAUCACGGACCCAUCGGCAAGGACGAGGGAGAAAGGCGGCUGGGCCAGGACGGCCGAGACGGGUGCUACCUAGUCCGCAACAGUGACACCGUGGAGGGUGUCUACUGCCUGUGUGUGCUAUCCCAAGGCUACGUCUACACAUAUAGAAUCCACAGAGAUGAUGCAGGCUCAUGGGCAGCAGAGACCACUCCUGGUGUGCAGAAACGAUAUUUCCGGCAAAUCAAGAAUUUGAUAGCAGCUUUCCAGAAGCCUGGACAAGGAAUUGCCAUGCCUCUGCUUUACCCUGUCACCGCUCAGAGACGGGCGCAGACACACACAGAGGAGCCCUGUAAUAGCUCGUCGACGACGGAGAGCAGCCCGAACCCUUACUUCCAGCAGCGGAUGCCACAUGCUGCACAGGGACAGAAAAACAGGAACAAGAAGGAGGUGCGACAAGCUUUUGGUUAGGGGCGAACCCUAAGCUGCACCACUGACCUCAUUUCUAAGCAGAAAUACUGCCAGGGCACCAUUCCUGCUGUUUGCGUUUUUUGCAUAAUGUGCAUCAAGUAAAUGUCAUUCCCCCCCCCCCAUUUGCUACAUUGAGCUCAUUUAGGCUCCAGCAGUGACUCAGAUCUCAGCCUCCUUCUACUUUUUUUUUUGCAUAUGCAGCACAGAAAGUGCAACCCCCCCUCUCUCCUCCCCUCUUAACUUUCUGGGAUGUAAAAGAUUCAGCUGCAGAACCAUUAAUAUCCAUUACCGCAUACAUAAGCUGACAACAAAUAUUGUGCUCUGUUUUCUUAAUGCAAUAGAGUUGUGUGAGCGGCAAAGAAAAUAAAUGAUAUUGGCUGAAAUAAACUCUUUUAAAUAAGGUCAUCCACACACAGCCGUACACACCCGAGCCUGCGUUUGACAUAAUGCUGAGGGGAAAGGGGGGGGGGACGAGAGAAAAAAAUUCAAUUUGACAUAUUGGAGUGCUGAUUUCCACAGAGAGAAUGCUGACUACUGGUGUGUGUGCAUGCGUGUGUGUGGGUCCAUCAUUCACUCGUCUGAUUGGCAUUACAUGAUGAAAAAAAAAAUGAGAGAGAAAGCGGAGCUGAAAGAGGAGAGCAUCCAUUCAGCGCAGACAAUUCUUCAGUGCAGCGGUCUCCUAGCAACCGGACCCUCCAUCUUUUCACCGCUGAGAUGAGGUUGGACAGUAUCUAACGGAGCAUAUGGUUUCGAAGGGAAGGUGCAUCGCGGCCGAUCGGCAGAGUGCUAGUCGGGAAUGUAUAUCACCUGCUCGCAGUCAGAACAUAUGCAUUGUGUGUGUGUGUCUGUCAUCCGCGGCCCGGGAGAGGAAACACAAACAAUUAAUGGUGGGCAGAUGGUGGAGCGACGGCGGGAGGCGAGUGUGUGUGUGUGUGUGGGGGAGGCGAUGGGGGAGGCAGACGGACAGGGAGGUGGAUUAGCAACAUUUAAAGAAAAAAAAAAGUUCUUUACUUUCUUUUUUAAACUUUUUUUUGUGGGGAGAGGCUUGGAAGUGGUUCACAUGUAGUCUGAUUGGCAUUUCCUAAUGAGAGGAGACAAGCUGGAGAGAACAGCUCAGCCAACUCCAGGUCCUGCCCCUUCUGCACUCACCACCCACUCGCUGAGCCUCAGCUGUCACAUUUCUUUUUCCCUUUCCUCUGUGCUUUUCUUUUUUUCUUUCCCUCUUUCUCCCCUCCUCCCCUUUCUUCUUCUUCUUCUGCUCCCUCUCCUCUGACAGACGACGCAGGUUUUCUCGUGCAUAUCUCGGUUCGAGCCAUAAUGAUGGGUGAUAAUGACAGCACAGAUUUGAAAAGUUACAAACUCCCAGAAACAAGAAC